GAAACAAGUAAAAAAAUUAUUGAACGUAGAAUGAAUUAGAUCAAUCAACUCAUACAUCUUUUUUUUUGACGACACAUAAUAAAGUCACAGAUAAGAGAAGAAAAAAGAGAAAACGAUGUUUUUAAUCGGAGAGAGAGUGAACGAAUGAAUACAGAUUCAGACUUAAGCAACAAAUAAUUACAUUCAGCCAGUUUACAUAAAAAUUACACGCAUUCUUGAGUUGAUCUGCUACUGCUUCUUUUUUGUGAUAAAUUGCAAAAUUUUUCCUCAUCUGUGCACACCUGCUUGAAUUCACUGAUGUCUUUGUGACAGUCGUCAGUGUCAACAACAGCAAAAACGCAAAAAAUUAAAACCAAAGAAUAAUAAUAAUUACAUUAAAAAACACAUAGAAGACAUCUCAAUCAAAUAGAUGAAGAUAAAACUGAUUGUUCAGUUAACUAUAUUAUGUCUCGUAUUAGCGUCGACGUGUACAACAGUCAUCAUCUAAUAUUGAUGAACGCCAACAAAUUUCAUUGAAAGUUCAAGAAACCAAAAAAACAUAAAUUAAAAGGCUAAAGCAAUCGGAAUAAAUGUUUCAAACUGAUAUACUAACACUAAUAUUUCUAUGCUUCCUACUCGUUCUGUUGGCUCUUUGCUAUUUAGUAUUUUACACUGGUACAGAAGAGACUGCAAUGAAACGAAGAAAGCGUCUUAGAUCUAUGAGUAAACAGUUGAAUAGCAAAAGUGUUCGAAGUGAAGUUGCUCGUUUUUACAGUUCUGAUAAGCAGACCCAUCAGAAUAUGAGCUCAUUUUCCAGUGAAUACGGUGAUGCUGUUGGUGCUACCGCCGCUACUACGGACGUUGAACGUGGCGCUUGUGGAAAUCACUCGAAAAGGGAUUCAGUUGGAAACUUAAGUUUGAAAGCAAUAAAAGAAAUCUUCAAACCUCAACAGAGGCAGCCACGUUAUAGUCUACAACACGUAUCGUUGCACCAUUCAUAUGAAAAUGAGCACACUCCCUUCAACCAAAGCAAUCAAGGUAUGAGACUUGUAUUUGGUCUUCAAACACCACCAUUGAACAUAACUAAACCACAAGCAGUACAACCAGACAACAAAAUGUUUGCACCAAAGCAAAGACUUAUUAGAGCUUUUUCUGAAAGUUGUACAACAAAGCUUAUCAAUCCUGAUAGUUCUGCAAGUCACGCAGAUGCUGAUAUUGGUGAUAACAAGAAAUUUUGUUCACCAGACAAUGAAACAAGAAGAGGUGCUCAUUUACCAAAGUUAAGUGAACCAAAUCUUGACAGACAUAUUUAUCCGUGGUUAAGCCGUAACAAGUUCAAUACUGCUGUAUUUCAAGCCGAUAAAUCUAUAACCUCUUCCAGUGAGUCGAUGUGGUCUGAAGCUAGACGUCGUUUGAGCAGUACUGAAAAGUUGUUUGAUCCCGUUAUGCGAAUUUUGUCUACGAUACCACUGAAACACCCAAGUAAUAUAGAUACUACAUGGACAAAUUUCGUAAUGAAUCCAGAAACAAAUGGGCAUAUUUGUUUUUCACUAGUUUACACAUGCACUCUAAGCACUCUGAAUGUCACGAUCAACCGGCUGAUUGGUGUCAAUAAUCUCAUCAAAGGUUCACAUAUUUUGCCAAGUCAAACGCCAACAAACUUCGUUGUCAGUCUACGCUUACGACGUAGUGAAAGAUCAUCGAUUUAUAAGGAAUCAGAGAUGGAAGAAAGGAAAAAGAUAGAUCUGCCAGAGGAAAGUGAUGGUUUCCAUAAAAAGUAUUUCACGCAACCAGUGUUAACUUCAUUCAAUCCCAAUUUCGACCAGUCAUUUGUGUUUCCGAUCACCUUGAAUGAGUUGAGAAAAACUGAACUAGUUUUAACUGUGUUACAAUCAACGACGAUGAGUAAUCCUGUAGAAGGAUGUGUCAGUGCAGAGAGUAGCAGAAUACCAAGACGUAACAACUCAGUCACAUCAUAUCAUCAUCCACACUCCUACGGUGCUGACAAGUGUUCUCGCAGAGUCAAUAUGAUUUCCGAAGAGAUGCGAUGUAUUGGUGUAACAUUUUAUAAAUUGAAUCAGCAUGAACUAAUCAACUGUCCAGAAAAAAUGCAAAAUAUUUGGCAGGAAUUACGUAAGUUACCUGAAUUGAAAGGAGGACAGUUUGACAUCGGUAGUGAUAACGAAAUCAGUAAAAGUACUGCGUCAACUAUUUCGGCAAACAACCCAUUCAAUUAUGAGCCUGUCCGCUUUACUUUGAACAAAGAAGAACAUAGUGUGGACGAAACAGAAAAUGAAAAUACCAUGUCGAAUAUCAUUUCAAGUGUUCCUCAAAGCGGAACCAUACGAAAGUCAAUGGCAAAAGUAUCUAUCCUGUAUAAAAGAGAAUUAUCUAUCCUUGAAAUUUCUGUGGAAGAGUUCAAAGAUUUGAAGAUACACAAUAAUGAGACUGAAAUGAUCUUCCAAGCAUUAUUCUGCCUGGGAAAUACAACCCUGUCUGUUGUCAAAGGGAAACCGUUCAAAAUAAAUAAACUGAAGAAUGAUAAAGCUGUCAAGGAUAAAGAUGAAGCAUACGGUUUUUUCGACGUAACAAUCCCUUAUACUGAGCAUAUAUCAUUGAAUGUGGAUAUGAAUCGAUUAUUAAGCUAUAAUAAUAUUGGAGUCCUUUUCCAAAUAUUUGUUCGACCAGAGUUAUCAAAUCAAUCUAGACGUUUGGCAAAUAUUUCAGUCGGUGAAACCAAAGUAACCUACGAAAUGGCUCUACUUCAAUGGGGUGAUUUGGUUAAAGAGUUGAAACGACUAAAAAAUGAUAAUUUAUUCACUUCAACAAAGAAAAUAACUUAUUGGCAUUCUAUUGAUGUGCUGUGAUGUUUUAUUUCCACAGGCAACAAUAUUUCAGAUAUAACAUUGACUUUAAUUAUGUGAUUAUUUUAUCAGAAUUUUAAACAUAACAUUCAUUGUAAGCUAAUCAUACAAAGACAUACCCCGUGACCACUAGAUAUUUACUAUCAUGUAUUUGCUUGAAAUGAC